AAAACCUCCACAGCUUGGUCAGCGUGCUCUGCAUAAGCGGCACGCGGAUGUUGAAUGUAGAAAUAAGAGAAACAUCCGUUGUUGUUUAUUUUGAAAGAUGGUCGUUGUUGCUAAUGUCUCUUAAAAUCGAAAUGUGAUUUGGUGGUAAUGUGUUUGGGAUCACUAACGCCUGUCAAUCGCAAGAAUGUAAUCUAGAUUCACUCAAAAUUAGUUAUUCUGCACUAAGUACGAUAAAGAAUUUCAGAUAUAAACAGUCAUGGAUAACAUGAAGAAAAAAUGGAUGACCAACCUCGACGUUUUAACGAAAUGUUCGAUCUGCUCUCAAAGUUUUAAAGAACAGUUUCUAGACAGACAUAUGCAUAGUUAUGUUCACCAUAAGGCAAUUGAUCGAGUCAUGGGCAGUGAACAGAUGCAUCGGUGUUGGGCCUGUGGAUCUGUGAUGAAUCUACAGCGGUACAAGAAACAUAUUUCUACAGCUGGGCACAGAAACAACCUGACCAAACUCGAGCAGAAAAGACAUCGCAAAGAAAAACUUACUGUGGAUUACUGCAAUACUGAAGUUCAUGUCAAGUUGAAAAAAAAUAAAACCAAAAAGAAAAAGAACAAAAGGAUUCUGCAAAAGUGUUUUAUUUGCUGUCAUGGCUUCUGUCCAGAGGAUUUGGACCAACAUAUGCAUGAUUUUGUACAUCGUCAAGCAAUUGAGAAAUUAAAGGGCAGUGAACAGGUGCAUAAGUGCUGGGCCUGUGAUACAUCUGUGGUGGGAGUAAAGGAGUACAAGAAGCAUAGUGAAACUCCCCAUCACAAAUACAAGAUGUCCCUUCUGAACAGGAAAACGGAUGAUGAAAAACGUUGCAUUGACUAUGGUGUUGAGUUGGACGAUGAGCUUAAAGCCCUAUGUGCACAAAGAGACCAGCAAAUACAACUAAAUAAAAUAAAUCGAUCAAAGAGGAGGGCAGAAGCCAAAAAGGCAUUAGCAAUGCAGAAGGCACAACAAGAUAAAUCCCUUCAGAAUUGCCAGCUGAAAAACAAGAGAAUCUGUUUACCAAUGCCUGCAAUGGCAAGUGAGGAUUUCACAAGUGAUGAUUUACCAUUAUCAUGCUUCCUCUUCAAUUCUUCAGGAGAGCAGCAGAACAACUUACUAUCAAGACCAAGCAAAAAAGGGCUUAAAAGAAAACAAAGCAUAUUUAUUAAUGAUUACAAUUUAAAUUGCCCACUUGUUAAAAGGCCUUGUCCUCCAUCAGAGAUUCCUCCUCAAGACAAGUCUGCUUCUGUCUCUCAUCCCACCCCUGAUGGUGAAGUGGCAGCUGAAUCCACAUCAGAUAAUCAACCUGGUACCUCUGCUGAGGCUAUGUGUGCUUCUCACUUGGUUCAGAGAGAUGAUUGUCACAUUUCCGAAAUGAUUCGGGUAAUUCGUAGAUCAACGGACAAUCGGGGUGUUACUGUUGACUCAAAAGUAAAAAUACAAAUGUGCACCAAAGAGGUGGUGGGACAACAGCCCAAAUCCAAGCGUGAAGAGCUUAUCAAGAAACCAAAGAAACGCACAAAGAAGCGCACAAAAAAGCACAUCACUAUAAAUGACAGAUGCGAGCCGUGCUAUAAUGAUGCUGCUUUCAUGCUGGGAAGCAUUAAACCGAACCAGAUAAAUCGAAAAAGGAAGGCCAAAUUCCAGCAGGUACAGUGCAUGCCCAAAGCAAAGAAUAAAAGACGAGAGGUAUCUCUUUCGUCUGCAGCUUCACUGACUGUGACGAUUGGAAGGUUGAAUAGCCAGACUUCAGCAACACCCAAUGAAAAUGUGGAAUUACGUGGAAAUAAUACAGAACAGGCAGAGACAUCCCUUGAGAAUCUUAAAAGUUGUCAAACUAUCUCCGACAAUCUCCAGGAACCUACGAGGACAGAACUGGAUAUUUCAAAUAAUACUCAUCGGAUUCCAGAAACCAUAUCUACAAAUUACAAUGUGAAUAAAUUAAUGACGCUCUCAUCGAGAGAAGAGGAGCUCUCCAUCUCUUUAAAGAAUGUAGGUGACCAGUUGUUUCAGGCAUAUUCGACAUUGCAGAAUGCCUACACGGAGGUUCAACAAUUGCUCAUGGUUAAACAACAGGUAACCUCAGAGAUGGCCUCUCUCAGGGCAAAGCGAAUACAAUUCCUGCAGGACAUGAUGGAUCCCAGCUAGUCCCACACCUCUGAGAUCAUCUAAUGUGUAACAAAAUCAGAUGGACAUUAAUGGGCCUGAACAUUGAAUUGCUACCUCAUGUCUGCUCAUUCAGUGUAAUAUUGUUUGCCAGCAUUAUUUUAAAUGCUGGGUAACCUAUUUGAAAAUCUUUAUUUAGUCAAAGAUAUUUAAAAAAAUAUAAAUACUUCUGUUAAUCUGUUAUGGCAUUGUAAUUGCUCACAGGCAUAAAUGUUUUUUUUUGUGCUUUGUUCUGCACAUCAUUGUAAUGAAAGCAAUUAAAUCAGUUGGUUUAUUUACAGUUGCACAGUAGCAACAUUACAAAAGGACUGGAUCAGUUCUGAAUAUGCAUUUGUGUUCAUUUCAUUGAAUGGCAAUAAAAUGUUACAAUAAAGGAUAGCCAGCGAAGUUUA